CAAUUAUUGUCUCCGCUGCCGCCAGUGUAGAAGUACUAGGAAUAAAAGUAAAUGAUAGUCUGUCAAGAGCAAAGCGUUGGAUGGAGUGCAGAGGCCUGCAAUGGCACUAGACAAGACUGAGGCUUUGCUCGUUACCGAUAGGAGAUCGUACCAAAAUCCCGCUAUCGAGAUAGAUGGCUACCGCCUAGAGUGGAAAAGGCAGAUAACAUACCUGGGUGUUGAGCUUGACAGGAGACUGAAUCAUAUGAACAGAGGUAAAAAACGAAAGCUAAAAAUUGACACCUGGAAGCAGACUGUAAGAAAACAUCAGAGGGAUGCAGGAGAAGCAUACAUUUCAUCGAGAAACGUACCUAAGGCUGCGUUAAGCCAGCCAGAAGAGGAACGUGUCUGCAAAUGUCCUCAAACCCCCAGAGGAUGUAACGCCGAUUUGCUCGUUGGAAGACAUGUGAGUCUGUUCCAGAAAUUUAGGAAGCUUCAUUAUGAUGGUCAGUCGCAAUAUCUGUCGCAAAUCAUAUCCCUCCAAGAACCAAAACGUAGGAGAGUUGAGGAAAAUAUAUCUCGUAGACAUUGCACUGUAAAGUACAGUAUUAAUGGCACUCAAGUAUGUAGAGGAACAGUUUGUUAUAUAUUCUCAAUUACGCCUAGAAGAUUACAGUGGCUUAUUGGUAAACUUAAAGCGAACAUGAAUAACCUUCAAGAUCAACGUGGAAAGCAUCUCAAUAGUCCUAAAAAGUUGAAAAACAUGGACGUAGGUCUCAUUUCCGAUCACAUCCGAUCGUUUCCCCUACAGGAAAAUUAUUACAGCAGAAAUACUUCAGCCAAACAAUGCCUUCCAGCUGAUCUAAAUAUCUCAAAAAUGUUCAGACUUUUUAAGGAGAAAUACCCCGAUGCAAAUAAUAUUUCCUUUAGGGUUUAUCACGACAUUUUCAAGAGCAAGUUCAAUCUGCGAUUUGGUCUACCAAGAUCUGACACAUGUUCGUAUUGUGACAAGCUGUUUAUGGAACUUUGUUCAACUGAUGACGCUAAUGAAAAAAAAAAAUAG